ACCAUCUCGUGACUUUAUUUAUAAAUAAGUUCUUACUCAGUCUUGACAAACUUUUAUAGAAACAUGGGCUUUUAAUAUAAGAAAGGAGUUUCUUCUGUUCGAGACACUGGUUAUUGUCUUUGGUUACCACGAUGGAGCCUGUCGAAAGAAAGAUUUUUGUCGGAUUGUACUUGUUUGUUGUUAUCCUACAAGUUCAUUCAGACCAGGACCUGUCUUUAUGCUCAAAAUGUUCUUCUCCACUCAAAAACGAUUCUAAAGUUGUUUCUUUCUGUGAAAGUGAUCAGUCCUAUGAAAUGUAUUAUCGAUGCUGUACUAACACAAACCGUUCUAUUGUAUAUGGGCUUGAUUUAACUGGUUGCAAAAUAAAAGAAUUGCACAGCAAAAUAUUUGGAGAAUAUUUGGACAUGGACAUUUUGUAAGUUUCCUGACAUAAGUGGCUACAAAACUCUUCAAUACUUUUUAGAGUUGUUUCUUAGCUCUGGUUUCGAGCUUCU